AUUCCAUUUUUACGGUUUUUUCAUCAUGGGCAUUUCAGUGUCCUUAGAAAAGAGCACGCGGUUUCUUUAUGGAAUCGUGUGGUCCUGGCACGAAGAUUCUUGUGCAAUGCUGACCUUUAUCCAUGACGGAAGAGGGACUUCCACCUACGUCCAUCCUUAUCUUCGCGACGAACGCUCAUCUAGCAUCACUGCUACUAAACACAAUUUGUUUUUCUUUACUGGCGACUUGGGCGAGUUUCUGGAUCUGGACCACUUCAUGAUCGCUUCCGUCCGCUGUUACACACCUGUGAUUGUGCCCAGGUACCCAAUAAAUAGUUGCAAUGGCAAAAGGCUUGAAAGUGUUAAAAGAUGGUUACCAUUAAAACAUUUAUUUUCUCAUUUAAGAUCAACAACACUUCCCAGUGACUAG